AUGCCACACGCUACAGAAACAACGGCUCCAGAGCCGGAGGAUACCGAGUUCGAAAAUGUCAUGCGACAGAUGAACGGCCCCUCCUUCGGCUCAGGCGGCCCGUCCUUCGAUUUCCUGCAACGCGAUCUCGACCCGGGCGAAAAGGCCGACGACGCCGUCGACUACGAGGAUUUCAGCGACGACGAACUUCCCGAAGAAGAGGAGAGAGCACGGGCGCCCGCAGGAAAUGGAAUUUCGAUAUCUGUUUGGUGGUCAGGAGGAACAGCAGGAGGACCAACACGCCCCGAUGAUGAACUCGACGAUCUUUUCGGCGAUGGACCCGCGUCCCCCGAGCCGGAACAUAUGGACUCAACCCGCGAUCUGUUUUUCGACGAGGAAGAGCAGCAACCGGCUGUGCCGGAACCUAUGCAGAUUCCCCCCCUCGAGACGCAACCGAUCCCCAUGUCGAUGCCGAUGUCUAUGCCGAUGCCGAUGUCGAUGCCUAUGCCUAUGUCGAUGCCCACGCCCAUGCAGAUGCCCACGCCCACCCCGGUGCAGGAAGUUCCACCGGAAACCCCCCAGGAAGAAGAAGAGGAGGAGGAGGAGGAGGAGGACGAGGGUAUCUUGAGUCCCACCGGGGACGACAUGGACCCCGCUGCACUGCGCGCCUGGAAACUCCAGCAAGCCUUGUUCGCCAUGUCCUCGAUUGGCCCCGACAACCCCCCCGCGCCACCGGAGAAUGUUGAAGAGCUCCUGCACUCCUUGUUCCCCAAGUUCGACCGCAACACGCUGCCGCGAUUCCUCGAACUGAUUCCCCAUAAGAAAGCCUUUUUCCUCGGCAAACAAUUGCCGAAGCCGCCGAAACCCACCAUCCCGAGCAAAGUCAACCUCGAGCUGGCCCAGGACCAGGAAAGAAUCUUCAAAGCCGGGGGUCAGGCCCACAAGCGCUCUCUAGAGACGGAACAGCUGGGCGUCGUGGCGGUGGGCGAAAUCUCCGAGGAUGAAGAAGAAGCGGAGGAGGGUCAUGGGGACGAAGUUCGGGAGGAGCUCGACCACGACACGGACGCAGAGGAGACGUUGCCCGGCGGGGUUACGUUGGAUGAUCUUCGCGUCGUGUGUAUGGACUGGGAUGUGAAGGAUGAGGUCGAAGAGUCGUCGGCCAUGGACAUUGACGUCCCGCCCAGUGGGGAGCCGAACGGCGAUGUGGAGGAUGAAGACGACUGGAUGGCCGAGACCACACGUCCGGCCAAGAAGCGCAAGACGGGCCGAGACCCCAUGGACAUGGUGGCUCUGUCCCAUAUCGACUUCCCCUUCGUCGAUGACCCCGAGCAGGCCACGUCGCGCAUCGCUCAAAAGGUCACUAUGGAUAUGAACGAUCCCUACCUGCUGCUGGAUGAGCGCGGUGUGGACUCGACGGCCCAGAAGCCCAAGGCCUUGGGCGCGCGGAAUCGGGACGAGAUGGAUGCCAACGUCACCCGGCGUCUGCUGUCGCGCUACAACAUCUCCAACGACUCGGCCUACGAGAUGCUCAAGCAAAACCACCAGAACAAGGUCCGGAGCACGCUGGGCAACAUCACCCUCGAACACGGCAUGCCGGCCCUGCGCUUGCAGUGGCCCUACUACCGGACCGAGCUCACCAAGGCCGAGGCGCGCUCGUUCCACCGUCCGGCGCUGUCCUUCCGACCGGGUCAGACCUCGUGGUUCAAGAACACGGCGUACAUCAAGCGCAAGCACCAGCGGGGCAAGGAAGUCAAGGCGCUCUACGAUUCAACCCGGGCCCUGUCGGCGGCCGACAAUUCCAACGUCCUCCUGGUCGAAUACUCCGAGGAGGUCCCGCUCAUGAUGUCCAACUUCGGCAUGUCCAAUCGCUUCAUCAAUUAUUAUCGCCGAAAGAACCCGGACGACCCCACGCGCCCCAAGGCCGAGAUCGGCGAGACGGCGGUUCUGCUGCCCCAGGACAAGAGCCCCUUUUCCAUCUUCGGUCAUGUCGACCCCGGCGAGGUUGCCCCCGCUAUCUCGAACUCCAUGUACCGCGCCCCCGUGUUCCAACACCACGCGAAAUCCACCGACUUUUUGGUCGUUCGGAGCAGCACGGUCUCGGGGGGUAGCGAUUACUACCUACGCAACAUCGACAACCUGUACGUGGCGGGACAACAGCUCCCGUCGGUGGAUGUGCCCGGCCCUCAUUCCCGAAAGGUGACCACCGUCGCGAAGAACCGCAUGAAGAUGCUGGUAUACCGUCUUUUGAAGAAGAGCGGCGACAUGCGGCUCUCGAUCAGCGAUGUCACCGCUCACAUUCCCGGCACGAGCGAUAUGCAGAACCGGCAAAAGGUCAAGGAUUUCUUGCAGCACGACAAGGACUCGAAGUACUGGGUGCCCCUGGAGCCGGUCCCGGAGCAAGACACCAUUCGGUCGUGGGUCCAACCCGAGGACGUGUGUCUCCUCGAGUCGAUGCAGGUUGGCCAACAACACCUGCACGACACCGGCUUUGGGAACGACGCCGAGACCGGCGGCGAGAACAACAACGAAGAGGACGAGGAGAGCGAGAGCUUUGAGCAGCAGAUGGCGCCGUGGAAGGCAACCCGCAAUUUCCUUCUCGCAUCGCAAGGCAAGGCGAUGCUCAAACUUCAUGGGGAGGGAGAUCCGACGCGCCGCGGCGAAGGGUUCAGCUUCCUCAAGACCUCCAUGAAGGGCGGUUUCAAGGCCGUUGGCGAGAGUGUGGAAGACAAGCUGGACGCCCAGCGCCUCAAAGAGCUCGGCGGCCACAGCUACAACGUGGCACGGCAGCAGCGGUCAUACGAGACAUCGAUCCGACGCAUCUGGGAUGCGCAAAAGGCGAGCCUGUCCUCCACGGUUGAGCAUUCGGACGGCGGCGAGAGCGACAUGGACCAGGACGACGAGGACGACUUUAACAAGCCCACCCCGCGAUCGGAAGCCCCCACGCCUGUGCCCGGCCGUCGUGAUGAUGAGACCACGAGCCAGUUCAGUAAGAUGAGCAUGCCGGACCAGAAGGGGAAAGUCCUUCGUAUCAUGCGGUCUUUCCGAGACGAAAAGGGCGAGAUCUAUCAGAAGGAAACAAUGGUGUGGGACCCUCGUGUCAUCCGCCAUUAUAUCCAGCACCGCCAUCGGGUCGAGUCGUUGACCACGAAAUUGGAUGCUCUGCAACCCACCGGCGAUCCAGAAGUGGAUGCCCGCAACAAGAAACUCAUCGAAGCAGAACUCAGCCGCUUGAACCGCAACAAGGAGCGCCGUUUCGCGCGCGAGAAACAAAAAGGCGCCACCAGGGCCUCCGCAGGCGACUCCCCAGCCGACGGAGGCGUCGGCAGCGGCCGAGGAGCUGGUACACAGCGCAAGUGUGCCAACUGCGGCCAGGUCGGCCACAUCAAGACCAACAAAAAGUGCGUUCGCCGUGAUGAACUGGGUUCCAACCCAGACAUCCCUCCCCUUCUUUCCCCCCAGGACCCUCCCCCAUUUUUUGCUUCGUCGUUCCCUGUCCCCUCUGCUGCGAAGCCUAGCGUUGCCCGAGCUCGGCGUUCGCGCAGUAGUAGUACACCUGGUCCCAAAUCGGCGUCCCCACAGCCGUGACAUGUCAUUGAAGAGGUUGAGCAUUGCGCGGACGGACAGAGUUCCGUCCAGCCCAUGCCUCCAACUUCUUGUCCACUCCCCUAUUCCCCUGACAUACACCCAUCUACCCCUUCCCAUGGACCCACAUGCGAAGCCAAAGAAAAGACGUCGACGACCAUAUCGUCUCGUCGCAUGUCAAACCCACUGGACCUAAGGCAUUGUUUACCAAAAGCCAAAAAAAAAAAGACAAAAAAAGAGAAACACACCAAAACAAAACAAGAUCAGAU